AUGUUCUCCCGCAACAUUGCCCGCCUGAGCCAGCGUGCCGCACCGAUUCGCUCGGCUGCCCAGCGCCGCUUCAACAGCGCUGAGGCCAAGCCCUCUUGGAUCGCUGACAACGAGUUCAACCGCGAGCGUGCUGCUGUUAAGCACCAUGCUGCCUCCACCAGCGACCUUUGGCGCAAGCUUUCGAUCUUUGCCGUCAUCCCCUGCCUCAUUGGUGGUGGCAUCAACGCCUACACCCUCUGGAACGAGCACUGGGAGCACUGGGAGCACAUGCCCCCUCUUGAGGAGCGCACCGAGUACCCUUACCAGAACAUCCGCACCAAGAACUUCCCCUGGGGUAACGGUGACCAGACCAUCUUCUGGAACUCGGACGUCAACUACCACAACAAGGACAAGGCCACCUAA